GAACCAAAGAACUGGUUAAGAUCAGAUUAUAUUAACAUCAAGGAUGCUACACGAAUCGAUCUUGAGGUGGCCUAUACCUUACGUAACUACCCUUCGGCAAACGCCUGUCCAUUCUACAGAACAAACUUCUCCAUUCAUUCUUAUCAUUCUAGUUACAAAUUAGAUCCUAAUCCAGACCCAACAAAAGUAAAGUUCCAAAAAGAGACUGUUAUAACUCCAAAAACCCUUCCUGCAUCCAAUGAACUUACAACAGACACAUUUUAUGGGUCAAUAGUAAGAAAAGCAAAAGGAAUCUAUUUGGCAAUCUUAGAUCAAGGAGCCUGCUUGACGAUAAGAAAGUUUGUUGUAAGAUAUCGUUUCUGCUCUGAAACGUUUGCUUCGUUGGUUAAAUUUCCAAGAACUGUUGCUCCAGUAAAUGAUUUAAACUCAACCAAACAAGAAGGAGAAUGUGCAGAUCCUAACUCCCAUCAGAGAAACAACAGAAGGUCAUUUGGCGUAUGCCUUAGUAAUGGGGAAUGGAAUAUUACAGAUAACUCAUCCUGCCUUUGCAAUUAUGGCUAUGAACUCACCAGUGAAUUUUCGGACUCUUUGGCGUGUAAAGAGUGUCAGAGAGGCUUCUACAAGGAUUCUGUAGGUAAUACAAAAUGCCUACCUUGUCCUGUAAACUCGGCAUCUAAUUCUGACAGAACUGGUUGCAAGUGUAAAGAAGGUUACUACAGAUCAUCUAAUGUGGCAGAUUGUGAAGUCAUUCGAAUCAAUGUAAUCAACAUAACCAUGGUCAUCAUCAGUGAAAGUUGUAUUGAUGGAGAGUUCGACCAAUCUUCAUUACUGACGAAACUCGAAGAAGCGGUGAAAGAGGGUUUUUUGGGUAGAUUCGCAGGCUUCAAAAGUGUUCUGUUGAAAAGUGGCAUCGGGUUUGUAAACUGCUUGGAUCAAGUGACAAAUUAUAAUUUUCAGUGCCUCUUAUGCUCUCCAAUUUAUUCUGACUCAUAUCUCUUGUCUUUAUCAAGGUGUGGCAGUAUAAAUGUUGACCUAACACUUAUAUUCAAUUCUAAAAUAAAAGAGCAUGAUGUCAUAACUGUACUUCUUAACGCUUCCGAAGAUGGGAGGCUUGGAUACUUUAGUCUUAGCGCCAUCAACGGGGAAAGAUCUCACGUUGAUUUGGAAAUUGGAAAAACUAAAGGAGGCACAACGCCACCUGGAGGUGCCACAGGGAUUAUUGAUAGUCCAGUGGUUGGAUUAAUUGCCGCUCUGGCUGUUGCUGCUGGAUUAGUUGUAUUUUUCGUAUGGAAGUCAAGAAAGCGUAACAGCAGGAACUCAAAUGGGAAAAGAGAAAGGACUAAUGGAAAAACAACUGAGGAAAUAGAACUUGCUGAUACUGGGCUUGAAAUUGCGGAACCUCCUAGAAACCAGCAGUACAUGGGAUUGAAUGAGCGAGGUCCAUCAUCAACCAUGCUAGAUGCAAGGCAGGCGAACUGUCCACAACCGGCCCAGCCAGUCAAUGAAUACACUUCUCUAUAUUCUUCACCAUGCUGUUGGGAGAUUCCUACAGAGCACGUGAAUAUAGAAAAGGUUAUUGGUGAGGGAGCUUUUGCUCAGGUUGCCAGGGCAACAGUUAAAAGCCUCCAGGAAAGACCAAUGGAGACACUUGUGGCUGUUAAGAUGUUGAAAGUUGACGCUUCUAAUUCAGAGAGGUAGGACUUGUUGGCCGAACUUGAAUUGCUGAAACAACUCGAUGCUCAUCCUCAUGUCAUUAAACUUCUGGGAUGUGUCACAAAAUCUGGACCAUUGAUGGUUUUGAUUGAAUAUGUUCCAUACGGAGAUCUACUGGGAUAUCUGCGAAAGAGCCGUGGAUUAAAUGACACUUACUUCAUAGACCCAGAUAAGAAACCGCAAACAAGUCUGACCUCAGAGCAGCUGAUGAAGUUUGCUUGGCAAGUCGCCGAUGGAAUGUCAUAUUUGUCAUCAAUACCAAUUAUCCAUCGAGACCUUGCAGCCCGCAAUGUGUUGGUUGGAGAAGGGGAAACGUGCAAAGUAACAGACUUUGGUUUGGCCAGAGAUGUCCAAAAAGACAACAUUUAUCAAAUGAAGUCAAAGGGACGUGUCCCUUUAAAAUGGACUUCUAUUGAGGCGUUGCUAUAUGGAAAAUAUUCCACGAAAAGUGAUGUGUGGAGCUACGGAGUUCUCCUCUAUGAGAUUUUCACAAUUGGUGGUUCACCGUAUCCAAGGAUGGAUCAUGGAAUAAAGAUCGCAAAGUUGCUAGAGGAGGGAUACAGAAUGCCAAAGCCACAACACGUGGAUGACAAGUUGUAUGAAAUAAUGACAAACUGUUGGAAAGACGACCCUAACUUGAGGCCAUCUUUUCAGAAUUUGAGGAACGAACUAAAAAAAAUGGAAAAGCAGCACAAGGGGUUGAUAAACUUAAAAAAAUACAACGAUCUACUCUAUGUUAAUGUUGACGAUAUUGCCAAGUAAGCCAGUGAAGGAUGGGAUAACGAAUAUUCUAACACUUAGAUCACUCCAUUUACUAUUUCCUUAAUGUACUUGACGCUAAUCCUUCAUUCUGUGUCAAUCAGGCAAGUAUUGUUUUGUUUCGCCGCAUGGUUAGUUCGCGGGAAUGUUUAUUUGCCGGCUAUGAGAUUGCCUGCGUGAUCGACGUUUUCUUUUUUAACCUGGUUGAAAUGCAACCCUAUGUUUGUUAAUAUAAUUCCGAUUUCCGGUUUAAAAAAUUACUUUUUAA